UUUUUAAAAAUAUUUCCGUUAAAUAUGGCCAAAUUAUUAACUGAUGAAGCAUUCCAAAAAUUGUUGUUUGACCUUCUAUGUGUGUGGCACGAUGUUCAGCGUCACUACGAUCCGCCAAUUACACAUACUGAGGAGGAGAAAAUGCAAAAGGUCAAACAAUUAAUUUGUAAAUUGUUGGGAGAAAUUGACGGGCGAGUUAAACGCAUUCAAACAAUGUUGUCUACAACUCCCGAUGCUGAACAAGAAUUUAUUGAAGAAUGGUCUUUACUAACUUGGAAUGUUCUUUGCAUCACAAGUCGUCUGCAAAACGAAUUAAAUGUUUCAGUUAAAUCACAAGAAGAUAAAGUUAUUUUCAACAAACUUAAUAUGGCUUUGGUUGAUCUUGUAAACAAUUCUAGAGCUGCAUUGAACCCUUUAUCAGUUCAUAUUGAUGCUACAUUCGAUUUAUUAGCCAAUUCGUUAAGUGAAACAAUGCAUAUAUUGCAUGGGCUAUACCGAACAUUAAAAUCUAAUAGACAAAUGAAUUCUGAUCAGGUUCAGGACUUUGCUCAGAGGUUACAAUCUUUUUCUGAUGAAUAUCUGAACCCGUUCGUGGAACUUUUCAAGGUGUUUUUUCUUUUCUUUAUUUUUCUUUUAUUAAUUAGCCACCGCCAUGCGCGGUGUGCAUUUUUUUAAUACACAUCCAAUCU